UACUAAGUAUCAACUAACACCAAGUGAACAAAUUCAGUUACUUGAAUUUGAAAAUUUUCUAAAAAGUUUCCAUAAAGGAGCCUAUAAAUUUGGUAUUUGCAAUUCGAUACUUCUUUUUUCAAAGCAAGUCUGCUAACUACUUCACAUAUCGCCGAUAAUUUUGAUUCCGGUGGUGAUUCGCCGUCGACGAUCGGAGUAUGAAGAUGCCGCAGGCGAAUGGUUGCGCCGUGUGCGGCAAUGUCACAUCUAAAAGAUGCUCACGUUGCAAGAGGGUUACAUACUGUUCUGAAGCUUGCCAAAGAUCCGAUUGGAACUCGGGGCACAAGUAUGGAUGUAGGGAUUUUCAAUCAUCUGUUAAAGGUAAUUCUGAGCAAUCAGCAUCGACUUUGCAAAGGAGGAAGUCUUUUGGCAAUUCACUUGUUCCUUUUAGUGGAAAUUAUAAUCUACUAAAUCAGUCGAAAAAGGUACUUUUUCCAUAUGAAGAAUUCUUGGAAUUCUUUUACUGGGACAGUCCAGGGUAUCCUCCUUGUGGACUCAUAAAUUGUGGUAACAGCUGUUUUGCUAAUGUGGUUCUGCAAUGUCUAACACAGACUAAACCACUUGUUGCCUACUUGUUGGAGAAAGACCAUAAAAAAGAAUGUAACUGCAUCGAAUCAAAUUAUUAUGAUGAACUAACCCUUUGUUUUAAAUUAUUGGUUAUAAUUCUUUAUAUCAUGUAUUUUCUCUCUUUCCAUCCAGGUAGAUCGAAUGAUUGGUGCUUCCUAUGCGAAUUUCAACAACAUGUUGAAAAGGCUAGCUGGUGUCGCUAUCCCUUUUCACCAAUUGGCAUACUAUCAGUGUUGCCUAACAUUGGUGGUAAUCUUUCUUGUGAAAAGCAGGAGGAUGCCCAUGAGUUUAUGAGGUUUGCUAUUGACACAAUGCAAUCGGUGUUACUUGAUGAAUUUGAUGGAGAUAAGGCUGUACCUCUAAGCGCUCAGGAAACUAUUAUUCAGCAUAUAUUUGGUGGUCACCUUCAAUCUCGGGUCCAAUGUACAAAAUGUGGUAAUAUCUCAAAUCAGUAUGAGAAUAUGAUGGAUCUGACCGUAGAGAUUCACGAGGAUGCUGAUUCUUUGGAGGAAUGCUUAGAUCGAUAUAGUGCAGAAGAGUGUAUGGAUGGUGAAAAUAUGUAUAAAUGUGAUAGAUGCGAUGAUUAUGUCAAGGCAUGGAAGCGCCUAACGAUCCGGAAGGCACCAAAUAUCCUAACAAUCGCUUUGAAAAGGUUUCAGAGAGAGGGAUUUGGCAAACUAAAUAAGAGGGUGAUUUUUCCUGAAAAUUUAGAUCUUAAUCCUAACAUGAGUGAAGCAGGAGAUCACAAUGACUUUUUCCAGCUGUAUGCAGUGAUUGUUCAUGUGGAUAUGUUGAACGCAUCAUCUUAUGGUCAUUAUAUCUGCUACAUCAAGGAUUUCAGUGGGAAUUGGUAUAGAGUCGAUGACACUGAGGUUGCUGAUGUUCAUAUUUCUGUGGUUCUUUCAGAGGAAGCGUACAUGCUCUUAUAUAGCAGGAUGACUGCCAGGCCAACAUCCUUAUAUAUUCUUGAAUCACUAAAUAAAGAGGACCAUGCUAUACUCAAAGCGGAAAGCAAGCAGUAUUCCCCACUUCAACCUCUUGAAUGUCAUAAGACGGCUGUGUGUCCUGCUAUGUGUGCUGAUCCUGGUUCAUUGCCAACUGAUAAUAGAUCAGAGAUUGUUAGUGCAGAAGAGGAGUUGUCCUCAGUUACCACCUUUGAGGGUGGAAAGGAGGAUCAAGAUAUGGUAGAUUCUGGGGCAAGUUGUAGAGUCUUGCAGGAGCUUCAGGAUGUUGGAGAUGCCAGCGCGGAUGAAGCAACUUAUCGCCUAAGAAUGUUAUCUCCUUGGUCCUUCAUGGAUAGUUCUGAUGAAGCUGUAAUACAGAAACCUGAAGGGAGAUUCCUUGUUUCCGACAUUGAGGAAGAAGCCGAGACGUGUAAAGGAAUUGCCUAUGAGUCUCUGUUAGGAAGUUCUAGAGAGGAUUCUGUAGCCACAAAUGGUGACUACAGAUGUGCCAAGCAGGAAGUCAGAGGGGAAGUUUGUCAGAAUAGUACUCUUUGUGAUCCAACAAAUGCAUGCGCUCAGUCUGGCUUAUCUUGUGAAAAGCCAAAGUUAAAGCCACUGUCUACCCCCCCUGGUUUUCUUGGGAAACGCCCACGCGACAAACGGCCACGCGACAAGCGCCCACGUGACAAAUGUGCCAAGCAGGAAGUCAGAGGGGAAGCUUGUCAGAAUAGUACUCUUUGUGAUCCAACAAAUGCAUGCGCGCAGUCUGGCUUAUCUUGUGAAAAGCCAAAGUUAAAGCCACUGUUUACCCCUGGUUUUCUUGUGAAGCGCCCACGUGACAAAUGUGCCAAGCAGGAAGUCAGUGGGGAAGUUUGUCAGAAUAGCACCCUUUGUGAUCCAACAAAUACAUGCACGCAGUCUGGCUUGUCUUGUGAAAAGCCAAAGUUAAAGCCACUGUUUACCCCUGGUUUUCUUGGGAAACGCCCACGUGACAAAUGUGCCAAGCAGGAAGUCAGAGGGGAAGUUUGUCAGAAUAGCACUCUUUGUGAUCCAACGAAUGCAUGCGCGCAGUCUGGCUUAUCUUGUGAAAAGCCUGAGAAAUGAAAGUCCACAAUCUGGUAGAUUCUGUAAAUGAGCAUACUGAAAUGUCACUUGAUGAGACUUUAUUCUCUGAUCCGGGAAAUCGAGUAGCCUCUUCUGAUUGUACUUUGCGAUAGUAUUGGAGAUUAGAGUUGUAUAGAUAGAAUAGUUCUGAUUUACAAUAGCGCUGGGGACUAAAGUUGUAUAGAGAGAAAUGCCAAAGUAGCAUUCUUUUCUUUUUCGAUAUUAUAGAGGAAAACACCUCUAUAAUAUAUCCUACGAAAAGACCCUUCAAAUGUACAAAUAUUUGGAUCAUAGCUAGAUUUGGAUGUCAAAUUCAUCUUGUAGACAUGAAUUGUAUAUUCCUUUUACAUGAAUGAUUGAGAGGUAUGCUCCUGUAAUGGGAGUACAACAAUAA